AUGUUGGCCGACAAAACGAUCACCCCUUACUCCAAGACCCCAUUCGACUCCCUUUCCGAUGUUGCAUACAGUGCGUUUUGGAAGAACGCCCUUUACCUCGAGACGUACAACAUCCUCAGAGACCUGAAGCUCACUUGCAGCUGCAAGGCGACUCUACCGAGCGCGGAAGCGCUUCUGGACCUCAUUGCGAAACGCGAAAGCGAGCGCGUUUGUCUUACAAGCCAUACCAAGAAGAUCAAGACGACUUUCGAGCACUAUCUGACAGUCCACUCUCGCUUACGUCGGGAAGCUCAUCUCCUCACCGAGACGGAAGCCGCCGGCGACCUCCUGCUCAUCGAGAGAGAGCUGGCCGCGCUCAUCGUGCUCGAGACAGAACGAAGGAUCGCGCUGGACUCAAUUGACGAGUCGUUCCUUAUUUGGAAGACCGCACGAGCCACGGACCAUGAAGACUGGGGAAACCAUUACUGUCAGAACAUGGAGUUCUUGGAGACAUAUAAGAAACAACCGGAUAAGCUUGAUUCGGAGAUUAUCACGGAAGAGGCGGAUACUGCGCUCGCAUUCGACUUUUUUGAAGCUCAUAGGGUCUUGAAGCAGUGUCGUGACAUGAUUAUAGACCGGUGA